AUGUGGUUUCUUUGGAGUGAUGAUGGAAAAACUAUGGAAGGCAUCGUGGUGAGCCAUGUGGAUGAUUUGCUGAUGGGUGGAAGCCCGGUGGCGAUUGCUUCCCUGGAAGCACUUGGCAGAGAAUUGGGAUUUGGUUCGUUGGAACGUGGAUCCUUUGUGUACUGCGGCAAGCGCAUCACACAACAUGCUGACCACUCCAUCUCCAUUGACAUGAAGGAGUACCAUGAGAACCUGGCGCCUGCAGUUGUUCCUAUGCACCGGCGCCGCACUCCUGAUGCUCCGCUGACUCCAGAUGAGCAGAAGAAACUCAGAGCAUUGUUAGGAAGUUUGCAAUGGUUGGUUUCCCAACUUAGGGCUGAUUUAGGUUUUCAGUUGUCCACCUUACAAGGGGAUAAGCAAGUUGUGGGGACGUUACUCAAAGCAAACUCGCUUGUUCGACAAGCAAAACUGCAAUCUGAUUUCGCGCUCCGCUACGUUCCUCAAGACCUUGCACGAUGUGGGCUGAUGGUUGUGACCGACGCCUCUCUGGGGAAUGUGACGAAAGCUGGAAGCAGUGAAGGAGAGUUGGUGGAAAGAGUUUUCAGCCAGGCGACCUACGUCAUUUUGCUGGCUGAUGAACAGUUGAUGGAAGGAAAGCCUGGUCGAUUCAACCUGAUCGACGCCAGAAGCCAUAGACUUGGAAGAGUCUGCAGAUCAACCUUCGGCGCAGAACUCCUUGCGUCUGAGGAAGGUUUGGAUGCUGGACAUUUCUGCAGAGGAGCCUUUGCUGAGAUGUUGGGUUACCCCAUGGAAAAGCCGUUUGCCGAGCAGAGCAUGGACUUGAUCCCUUUGCAGAUGGUGACAGAUGCAAAAGACAACUAUGACAAGUGCAACAGUGACACUCCGACAUAUGGAAGUCAGAAAAGCCUUGCAUUCACCAUAGCUUGGAUCCGCAGCAUGCUACGCCGAGACUCCACCAUGAUGAAGUGGACCGCCACCGACAACAUGUUCGUGGAUGGAGGCACGAAGCUGAUGAAACUGGAUCACAUGGCCCGGAUUUUGCAAUCCAAUGAGUGGUGUGUGACAUUUUCCCCUGGCUUUGUAAAGCAAACAGUCAAGAAACCGACUAAGACAGCCAGUAGCUUAGAUAGCUUAGUCUUAGGCCAAGCCGUAGAUGCAAGCAACCCAAUGUUUGGCCAUUUGCUGGGCCUUAGCGAAUUGGUAGGUUGGCACAACAAAGGUGCCUACAAAGUGCACGUGGCAAAGAAUGCACGUUCGUAUAGAACUCCAGAGCCGAGAUUUGAAGCCUCAAAGUACCCGCACAGAAGUACUUUUGGCAAAUUCGUUGACCCCAACGGCCACGCAGAAUGGCGACAGUUGGAAGAUCGAAAGGCCUAUGUCUUGCUGGCAGAUCCCGGCGUUGUGGCGAAGACAUUGCAGUCCUGUUUUGAAGCUGCUGGUGGUUCUGCUCAGGGCCAGGUGCCAUGUCAUGCGGCUGUGCGAGCCUUGUGCACGGCCCACACCAUGCUGCUUGCUGGUUUGCCAUCUACCAGCAUCAGUGAAGCAAAGUGGUGGAGUCUUCUGAAGCGAGCUGGUGUCUACUCUGCUGAGGACGGAGUCACACUAGACCAGCUACGAGAAGUGCAGGCUCAAACCCUGGGCUCCCUGAGGGAUUGUUUCGCGCCCAAGCAGCUCCUAAGGAGCAUGCGGCGUGUUCCACGAAGCGAGCCACGGUUGAAGGAUCGCUACGAACAGUUCGAAUUUCGGGCCAAAGGUGCCCUUGGAAAGGUGUUCCGCUGCCGGCACAUGGAGACGGAGAGCUUGGCCGAAGUGCGGCAGAUUCGCAAGGACAAGGUCUGUGUUCCCAUGGACUACAUCCGAACCAGUUUGCAUCGGAUCAGCGAGUUGCAUCAUCCCAAUGUUCCACGCGUUGUGGAUUGCCUAGAGGAUUUCCGAAACUUCUUUGUGGUCUCAGAGCCCAUCGAAGCCUUGGAGGUCAUGGACUUUAUGCAGAGCUCCUUUGUUCAUGGCACCACCGUCUCAGAGGCCUGUGUUGCCAAUCUGAUCCGCCAGGUGUUGGACGCAUCGGCUUAUUGCCACGCGCAGCAGUUGGGGCCAGUGAUCCACCGAGACCUGCAACCUGAGUCAGUCCUGGUGGAAGAUACUGAAGGCAGUGCCGGCAUGAAAGCCUGGGUCACGUGCUUUGGCUUGCAGCCCUUGUUCGACCUGCACGGCUUGGGUGGUUCUCUGCCUGCCAGCUGUUUGCCUCCGGCUCCCAGUGUGUCGCCGGAGCUGACGCCGGAGGCAUUACCCUGCUCGAGUGGACCAGAAUUCUUGGCCCCAGAAGUAUGGCGCCGUGACUAUGGACCCAAGUGCGAUGUAUGGUCCUGCGGCUGCCUCCUCUUUCUGCUGUUGACAGGUCGAGCUCAAGCCAAAUCACCGGAGCAAAGAGCUGUGCCACCAGCGCCACAGCAGCGCUGCUGCAGAGCUGCUCGGGCGCCUCGAGGAGCCCGGUGCGCCCAGGGUGCAGCGAUGCGCACUGAAGAGGCCGAGGGCCCGGAGGGCCCGGAGGGCCCGUUGUAUCCCAGGGAUCCCAGGGAUCCCAGGGAUCUCAGGCUUUGUACGGUGGAGUUGCCAGCAUCGUUGCGAGUGACGGCCAAAGAUGCGUUGCGCAAAGUGCUGCUGGAGGGUCCCCCAGAAGAUCUACAUUUGGAAGCCUUUGAGCUUCUGGCUGUCUUGAAUCCUGCACCGGGCUGGUUGUCAUCCAAAGAGAUCGAGUCUGUAACGCCUUCGCUUCUGCGGCUACUGCUGAGCCGCUGGGAUCGAGACGACUUCUGCCUGGGAAAACCCAUGAGUCUGUUGCUCCAGUGGGUUGAGGCCGGCGCCGUGCCUCCAAUGGUGACAGCCGGCUUUGCUCUCAAGAUCCUGAGAAGCCUUGGUGAGAGAGAGAGGACCAAUGGCGCAGCACUGAAAUGGUCAGAGGAGCAGCUUCAAUUCCUGGCGCGCACCUCCCAGUUGGGUCGCCGUGCCUUGUCACAGCUCAGUCUGCACAGCGACCAGGUGGUGGCGUUUCUGGUAAAAUCCCUGCACCACUUCUGUGCAGCUGCCAUGGUCACAGAGUGUCAGCAGCUGUCUCUGGAGAUUUUGGGCUUCAUCUGUGGUAAAGACGAUGACUUGGACUGUGCUGCGGAUAUCCGGGAGCGCUAUCCCAUCGAUGAGGUGUGGAAUCUCAUGAUGGAUGCGGAUGAAGAAUUCCACCGAGCGAAUGGAGUGGCUCCAGUGGGGCCCUGGAACUACUGGGUCGUGCCCUUACUCAAGGAGGAGAAAGCCAAAGACACAGUGCUGAUCAAUGGUAUUGGCUUUGUGGCGGCUUGUGUGGAUUCCGAGAUUUUGCGAAUCCAUGCAAUGAAAGACCGUGCUCUCCUGGCAGCACUGCAAGAUUUGAGCAGCUCGCACAGCUCUGAAGAAGUAAGACACUUCGCAGCGAAGACAGGGCAGCGCGUGUUUGACGUGGCUUUCCGCCGCGAGGAGGGACGUGUUGGUCGAAAACUGGUCGACUUAGCAAACAGCAAAAGGAGCCGUUUGCCCCGAGCGGAAAAGGUGGAUAUGCCGCAGCAAAAAAGGUCCAUGCUAUCACCAGUCAAGAGCCGGAUUGGUUGGGGAGCUCAGCCUCAACAGCUUGGCAUGCUUGGCAUGUUGGUGUCGACAGCGGCUUUGGCACUGUGCAAGCGCAUGCUUGACAAGGAUGAUAUGACAAGACCCACGGCGCAAGACUGCCUCAGGAACCCUUGGCUGACUGGAACAAUCGAUGCAACUCCAGAGCCUCUACUUCCAGAGACAUUCAGUGCCCUGAUGCAGUCGCAUGCGCAGUCCAAGUUCUUCCAGGUGCUGAUGAACGUCGUUGCCAGCGAGAUCAAGGUGGGUCGCCUUCGUUUGAUCCGAGAAGUGCUUCUGAACUUUGAUCCCAUGGGCAGCGGCUACAUCUCAACCAGGGACUUGGAGGUGGUCUUCAAAGAGUUAUCCAUCUCAGGCCCCACCACGGAGCAGGCACUUCGAGCAUUGGAUGUAGCUGGUACCGGUCAGGUGCGCCGAGUGGGCUCUCAGGGUCGAUGA